ACGAUGGUGGGAGGAUGGGGAUGGUGGAUGGCGAGUUCGCCCAGCGUCUGCGCGAACCAAGAAUGACAUGCUGCGAGAUGCUUCCCUCUGCGGUCUCGGGUCCCAGGACACUGCGGGAACUUUAUCUGAGCUGACUUAGGGUAUCCUCCGACCCUAACACGACAGGACAGCGUACACUUGCUCGUUACCAGUCUCUCGGGUUCACCAAGCAGCUCAAUAUUAAGCCGCUGGCCCACACCCCUGAACACUACCCGUGGUCAAGUCACACCAGGUUGCGCAGCUCUUGAUCUUCUUGCGAGAACAAACAUAUUCCAGCUGCGUAUCAUAUCCGCCAGCGUAUCGCCAUGCGGAGCUGCGUGGCCAACUCUGCUCUCGCGGCCGGCUUGUACUAUGCCGCUGCUGCCGCCGCCCAGGGCACGGCAUGCUCACAGGUCAUUGUUCCAUCCUACUCGGCCCCUGUUGUGGCCAGCGGAUGGCAGGCGCAGCUUGUUGCAGGCGGCUUGACAAAGCCGCGGAGCAUGCAGUUUGACAGCACCGGCGCUCUGUUGGUCGUCGAGAGCGGAAAGGGUAUUUCCCGGCACAGGUUCACCGACAACGGCGGCACCUGUCUGGCGUCUAACCACUCACACAUGAUUGUUGAACUGCCAGAGCUUAACCACGGCCUUGCCCUAUCCAAAGACGGCAGAACCCUCUACGCCUCCUCCGCCGAGGCCGUGUACGCAUGGACCUACGACGCGCGAGGCGGCAGUGUCAGCGGGGAACGCCGGACGCUGGUCGCCAACAUGAGCAACAACGACUUGAUCACGCGCACGCUGCUCGUCUCGCAGAAGCAGGACGGCGUGCUCCUGGUGUCUCGCGGCAGCGCCGAGACAGACAUGGCGCAGACGACGGUUAUGUCCAACGGCCUCUCGCAGAUCCGUGCUUUCAACCUGUCCAACCUGACGGACGGUAGCAGCGUGUAUAACUUCAAUGCGGACGGCCGGGUGCUCGGCUGGGGCCUGCGCAACAGCGUGGGCGUGGCAGAGCACCCCGUCUCGGGCGGGGUUUAUGCCGUCGAGAAUAGUGUUGAUGGGGUGACGCGCAACGGGCAGGACGUGCAUGAGAAUAAUCCGGGGGAGGAGCUCAAUUUUUUGGGGGUUUUGGGUGAGGACCAGCAGGGAGGGCCGCCGAAUUUUGGAUAUCCGCACUGCUUUGCGGUGUGGGAGGCGCGUGAGAUACCGGCCAACGACGGGCUGUCCGUGGGCAAGCAGUUUGCCAUCCAGGAAGACAACGCGCUCACGGAUGAGGUCUGCGCGAGCAACUUUACUGCGCCGAGGUUAACCUUCCCUGCGCACUACGCGCCGAUUGAUAUCAAGUUUACCCCUGACGGCGCGACGGCGUAUGUUUCGUUUCGCGGGAGCUUCGACCGGUCCUCUCCCGUGGGGUACCGCAUCGCAUCCAUCUCCUUCAACCCCUCGACGGGCGAGCCCGUGGCGGCCGCCGACAGCACGGAUGCCCUGGCCGACGUCCUGACCAACCCGGACCUCGGCAACUGCCCGGACGGAUGCUUCCGCCCUGCGGGGCUGGCUCUGGAUGGGGAUGGUAGGUUGUGGAUGACAUCCGACUCGACGGGGGAGAUUUAUGUCCUCCAGCGGACGGGUGAUGGGGCUGGGAGGUUUGUUACACCGGGUGGUGGGAGUACUAGCGGUGCGGUUGCGAGAACGGUGGGGAGGUGGGAGAAGGAGAUGGUGGCUUGGAGUCUGGUGGUUGGGAUUGCGGCGUUGUUGGCUUGGUGCUAGGUGGGAUUGGAAGGAUGAUGGAUUGCAUUUGGGGAGGCAGCGGUCUGUUCGCUCCAUAUAGUUACAGUAUUCGCUUUGUUGCUCUCAGCUGUCCUGCUUUGGGUUUUCUUGUUUCUGUCUUGACCCGGCUCUGGCUACCUAGUCACAACGAAGAGAGCUGCGACCAGGGGCAAGAGAAGGGAAUCGAGCCCAGGCGCCGCUCUCCGUACAAUUCUUGAUAUGACUGUGACGCCCAGAAAAUAGCCCAGUUGAAAACCAGUGUC